GGUUGCAGCGGCGAACUACUCAGAAGAGGUCACAAGUGGAGGAAGAGGCUGGACGGGGCUGUGGACGUCCUAGACCCGCUCCUUCGAGACCGUGGUGGCUCUCCGAUAUCAUCACGGCGGACUAGAGCCUACGCUAGAAACCGAGAACAUCUCUUCUUUAGGGGCUAUUACGACCAGUUUGAGCAUCACCCACGCGGUCCGAUGCAUUGAUAUGCACCUUCAAGAAUUUUUAGAGUCUGGACAGGAGCCACUGUUUCGCCUUCCCGAGGGCUUGGUACCCUCGAUUGCCGCGCCAAAUGCUUCCUACACCGAAGUAACCCUUCGAAACCUAGAUAAAGAGCAACCUCCUGAGGAACUUUUAGCAAGAGCUUUAUACGCCCUGCAGCUUGCAGCUUCCUCAGGCAACGAACCAGCAACGACGCCCUGUCGCUAUAGGAAGACGCCACAACGACGUCCCGCCUUCCGCUAUGGUGUCGUCUCCAGAAGAAUCCUGAUUGAUAUAGCUGAUGGCCUGUCUGGGACUGAUUGUCCUAACGAUUGGGCGAUGUCCCUCUGGAUCCAAGAGCACUACAUCCAGACCUUCGGCCACAUCAAUCGCCUUGAUGGCAUCAUUGUCAAAAGCGCCGAGGGCAAGGUGAUGAUAGAAGAAGCCUAUCCCGUCUAUCACAGCUACUUGGACUCUCGGACUCUACCAGGCAAAGGCUUUCCACUGCAGUUGAUCUAGGUACCGGACUUAGAACCGACGGAGGUUUCCCGUCUAUCGUUACAGG